GCCCUCCCCCUCCCCCCACCCUCGCACCCAAGCAUCACCACCGCCACCACGCUUCCAGCAGCACCCAGAUCCAUCCCCUAGAACCGCACCCCAUCCCUCCCACAACCCCCAUAACCCACACACUGCUGCCGCUCGCAACCAACCAUCACCACCACCACACUUUCAACACUCCGUGCCUGAGCCGUCUCGCGAGGGCUCCCUUCCGCCCCAUCCCAUGCCACCCCUCCAUGACCCCCCUUUCCCACACACAGCCCCGCAAUUCUCAUCCCUUCCUCCCCCCCUCUCCUCCUCCCACCCUCCCUCUCACCCUCCUUCCCAUCCUCCCUCGCACCCUCCCUCCCACCCCCUCUCUCACCGCCUCUCCUUCCCUCCCAACCAUCCCAGUCAUAAUCCUUCCGGCCCCCCCAUGGCACCUUCCGCCCAUCAUGGCAUGCCUGAUAGGCAGUCGUUUCAAGACCACCCUCCUCCCUCCUCUCGCCCUCAGUUUCCUGGGCAGCACGAGCAGCACAACCUCCCCCACAUACCACCUCCACGACACAACCCCAACUACAACCCUCCCCCUCACUUUCCCAAGCCGUCUGGUCCGGGAAGGCAGGGAUUCUCCGAGCCGUCAGGUCCGGGAAGGCAAGGCUUUUCCGGGCCUCCAGGCUUGGGAAGACAGGAAUUCUUCGAGCGUGGUGGUGAGGAGAGGCACGGUUUCUCCGAGCCUCCCUCCCGAGGCAUGGCAGCUGGCCUGAACGAACCCAUGCCUCCACCGCAGGUUCGGUGGCAGGGAGGUCCGGUAGAAGAUCCGGGGCAUGUAGGAGGGGGAAUGGGAAGGGAGGCAGCCACAGCACCCACACCAACAGCAGCUGCUGCUGCAGCGGCAGCUGCAGCAGCAGCAGCAAUGGCAGUGGCUGCAGCGUCCCAGCAAGCGAGGCGAGGGGAGGACAGAGGGGAUAGAAGCCCCCCUAGACGAAGGCAGAGGAUCGAUGAGUGAUGAGAACUGGCACGGCAGUUGCAGCUGCGGCAGCAGCAGCAGCAGCAGCAGCAGCAGUGAUGGCAGUGGCUGCAGCAUCCCAGCAAGCGAGGAGAGGACAGAGGCGGCAGAAGCCCCCCUAGACAAAGGCAGAGGAUCGAUGAGUGACCAGAAAUAGCAUGGUAGUUUCAGUUGCAGCAGCAGCAACAGCGAUGGCAGUAGCUGCAGCGUCCCAGCAAGCAAGGUGAGGAGAGGACAGAGGCAGCAGAAGGCUCGAUGAGUGAUGGUUGGAGGAUCGACAAGGAAUUGGUCGCGGGUGCUGUUGUUGUGUUGUAUGGGUGUUUCACACUACCUGGCAAUGGCCACGAAACGAGAAGACGUGUAGAAAGAAUUUUAUCUACUGUACCCCCUGUGCCAUGAAGCAAGCAAUACUGUUCCUACUGAUUUGCGUUUGCUUCAGCCUUCUACCAAGCUUGUUCUGUCUUACAAGUUUGACGGUUUGUUGCUUUCAAACAGAGUGCUUCCUAU